AUGGUGUUGGCGUUUGUGGUCGGAGUGCUAUGCGUGUGGGGCCGCUUGAGCGUCGCAAACCCUGAAGCGAAGCGGCUAUACGACGACCUCCUCUCAAACUACAAUAGAUUGAUCCGCCCCGUCGGCAACAAUUCAGAUCGACUCACAGUUAAGAUGGGUUUAAGGCUUAGUCAGCUCAUUGACGUCAAUCUUAAGAAUCAAAUUAUGACAACGAACGUUUGGGUAGAACAGGAAUGGAAUGACUACAAACUUAAAUGGAACCCCGACGAUUAUGGAGGAGUUGACACCCUGCACGUGCCAUCGGAACACAUUUGGUUACCAGAUAUCGUAUUAUAUAAUAACGCGGAUGGAAAUUACGAAGUUACGAUUAUGACAAAAGCGAUUCUACAUCACGACGGAAAAGUUGUCUGGAAACCGCCUGCCAUAUAUAAGUCCUUUUGUGAAAUCGACGUGGAGUACUUCCCCUUCGACGAACAAACAUGUUUCAUGAAGUUCGGCUCAUGGAGCUACGACGGUUAUACGGUGGACUUGAGGCAUUUAAAGCAAACACCAGAUUCUGAUCACAUAGGAAUGGGUAUUGAUUUGUCGGAAUACUACAUUUCUGUGGAAUGGGACAUAAUGCGGGUACCGGCAACGCGGAACGAAAAGUUCUACUCGUGCUGCGAAGAACCUUAUCCUGAUAUAAUUUUCAACCUCACACUUAGGAGGAAAACUCUCUUCUAUACGGUCAAUCUAAUCAUACCCUGUGUUGGAAUUUCAUUUCUAUCAGUACUUGUCUUUUAUCUGCCUUCAGAUUCAGGGGAAAAAAUUUCACUUUGCAUCUCUAUCCUACUUUCUUUGACCGUGUUCUUUCUAUUGUUAGCAGAAAUUAUCCCACCCACUUCUCUCACUGUUCCUUUAUUAGGAAAAUAUUUGUUAUUUACAAUGAUGCUUGUAACAUUAUCUGUCGUUGUCACUAUCGUGGUGCUAAACGUAAAUUUUAGAUCACCAGUAACUCACCACAUGGCUCCUUGGGUUCGAAAAGUCUUUAUUGAUUUUUUACCCCGAAUAUUAUGUAUACAAAGGCCAGAAAAACCACCCGAUGAUGACGAAAACGAUAAACCUUCUGAGGUUCUUACGGACGUGUUUGGUGAAGACGACAUGGAUGGGAAAUUUAAAGAGUGGGGAUGUGAAGAAUAUGAACUACCAGGUAUGCCACCGUCCCCACCACCUCCUCCGGGAGGUGACGAUGAGUUGUUCUCUCCACCUCCGGGAUCACCAUGUCGAAUAGAACUCGAUGAUGGUAGUCCAUCUUUCGAAAAACCUUUCGUUAGAGAAAUGGAAAAAACGAUAGAAGGUUCCAGAUUUAUUGCUCAGCAUGUAAAAAAUAAGGAUAAGUUUGAAAGUGUGGAGGACGAUUGGAAAUACGUUGCGAUGGUCUUGGAUAGAAUUUUCCUGUUUGCGUUUACGAUAGCUUGUGUACUCGGUACGGCGCUCAUUAUAUUUAGGGCGCCAACGUUUUAUGAUAACACGAAGCCUAUCGAUAUUCUGUACUCGAAAAUUGCUAAGAAGAAGUUGGAGCUACUUAAAAUGGGUUCCGAGAGUGAUCCGGGUCUCUGA